UGGUUCACAUCUAAUUAUUAAUGUGACUGUUAUUCUUGGGAAGGAAGGCAAUAAAAGAAUCAAAAUAGACAAUGAUUCAAAUAAAGAAGAGAAUGAUCUUGAAUUGACAACUCUAGCAAAAAUAAAUCUGAUAAUGAAGUUAUUGAGAAGUUCUCCCAUGGUAGAACAAUAUUUUGAUGAAUUUAGAAAUUUUUUUGCUGAUGAUGAGAGACCUGAAGAUUUAAAUUGA